UCCUCUUUUUCUUACUUUUUCUUACAUUAUCUCGAAAGUAGUCGUAGAGAGGCCGUAGAGAGGCUGAUGAUCAUUUUUAUCUCCCCCUCUCUUACUGCUUCCCUCCCCUUCUUUCUUUCUUUUUAUAUGCGUGCGAGUAUGCAUAAACAUAUAUACAUACACACAUACAUACAUACAUAUAUCUUUUUCUCUUUCACACUUGCCCGGAAUUUUCAAUAAGGACCAAGUUUCUAUCGUUCACUCGAUUACUUCCCCCCCGGAUAUAUUAUCGUUACGCGAUGCGGCCUUCGCCAAGGCCCCAAGCCACUAAUCCUUUGUUUGCAAAGAUAUUCUGAGCCAAGAAAACCAGUUCUUCUUUUACUACUGUACUUCAACCACGGAGACAGCAGAGCAGUGUGCGUGUACACAUACGUUGUUACUCUUUUUACCCAGAAGACGCACCGUUGUGUGUUGUAAAUUGCAGUCGAAAACCGGGAAACGAUAAAAUCCUCGUAAUCACGAUUAUUACGAGGACUUGGAUAGGCCGUGGAUGAGGGUGGAAAGGAAGGAAGGAAAGAAAAGAAGAAAAGGAGUAAGAGGUGAGAAAAAUGCAAAAAAGGAAAAAAAGAUGAGGGAGGGGGAAGUAGGGGAGAAAAAAAGGAAGAAGAUGGUAGGCGCCGUGUCUCGAAGAUGUUAAAAGGGUGGAAGACCUGCUUGUUGCGAACGAAGAGGAGAACGAUGUUACUGCGAGUACAGAUUUAUGAAGGAAAAUGUAUCCGAUUAUCUUAACUUAAGAGAAUUAGAAAAAAUAAAAAUCAUAAGCAUGGACAGAUCUGACUGCGUUUAUUCUCUAUGAUUCAACGAAGUCACAAAAAUACGAGAGUGAACAAAUUGAUAAAAGUUUUCACCAAAAAAGAACUGAGAAGAGAAAGAAAGAGAGAGAAAGAGAUAAAGAAGGCACGUUUAUUUAUCGUUAUUCUUCACGUCCAUUAUUUUAUUUGUUCACGUGCGUAUGUACGUUUAUUGUUUAGAUGCGAUACGCACUGCAGCGAUCAAGGUCAUGCUGCUUUUUACUCGUUCGGAGAAGGAGAGGAACACGAAGAAGACGAAAAGGACGAAGGAGAGAAAGAAGAUACGGGGUUAAAAAUAGCCUCUCUCGGUGCAAAAUAAAAACUAACUGAGAUGACCACCGAGCGAUGGACGUAGAAGAAAAAGAAAAGGAGGAGGAAAAAGGAGGAGGAGGAGGAGGAGGAGGAGGAGGAGGAGAAGAAGAAGAAGAAGAGAAGAACGAAGAAGGUGCACGAGUCGAGAUAAAAAGAAGAGAAUAUCAAAAACGAGGACCAUAAGGGGUCCGAGAUGGAAGAUGGUAAAGAAAAAGGAGAAGAGAGAGAAAGAAAGGGGGAGAAAAUAAGUUCCUCUUGCUAUUUUAACUCACUAGGAUAAUGUAUCCCCCUGUAAAUGCGGUUGUUUUUUGUUGAACUCGCCAUAAUGAAAAAGAAAAAAAAAGAGCAUAUGCGAGUUUAGUGGUUGUGUAAAAGGAUACCCGGAGGAAUCAUUUUUCAGCACCCUUCGUUUCUUCUUACUCGGGCUUGUUCCAUCAACGAUCGUACGAAACGCGAGUAGCCAGUCCUCUACAUCCUCGUCGUUUCUAUCUACGUUCUCUUCUUCGUGGGAUUCCAGAAGCUCUUUAGAGUAGAUCGUAGGCGCCAGUCGACGAGGACGUUCGUGCACGCGAGUACCACGACGAAAAGCAACGACGGAGACGGCGAUGGUGUUUCUCCGUAAAUGAAGAAGAGGAGCAUCUUCCUUCUCUUUUCUUCUUCUUCUUCUUCUUUCCUUCCUUCUAUUCUUUUCCUUCUCUUCUUGUUCUUUUUUUUCCCCCUUUCUUCGUCUCUGGAGUCAGCGUAAUGCCUGGACGGCUAUGCGACGCUGCUGUUGGCCGAGGUAACGCGGCCGAGGGCAACCUUCGGCCGUUCUCAGACAGGGCCGAGGAUUGAAGGAAAAAGAAGAGGGAGCCGCCGGGAGAGUUGGAACGGGUUCUCUCCUCCGGGCCGGGUGCGCAGUCCAGUCGAAGACUCACGAUGAUAGUGAACGCCCGAUGAAGAAUCUUCCCCCCGUCCAACAGAACGAAGAGACAGUCCGCGACUGCCCCGUCGAACUCGAGCGCCCCAGUUGGUCGAUUUCAUUAACGAAACAUAGAGCUAGAGAUUCGAUCCUAUCGAUUUCUCGUUAUUACGACAACAACAGUAGCAGUAGUAGCGGCAAUGACGACGACUAAGACAACGAGGAAUGUUAGCGGCAAAACGAAGAUGAUACCACCGGACGGGGGGUGGGGUUGGGUCGUAUUGACCUCAGCCCUUACUGUCAACUUCCUCAUCCCUGGAACCGUCAAAUCCUUCGGCGUUCUCUUCGUCGAAUUCCUUCACGUUUUCAAGGCAUCGCCAACAGCAGCCUCGUGGAUGCCGGCUCUCUGCUAUUUUCUCUACAACUCUUUGGGUCCUCUGUCGAGUGUUCUCUCCACCAAGUAUUCUUACAAAACCGUGACAUUAAUCGGUGGUACUUUUGCCGCUACUGGAAUGAUGCUCAGCUAUUUUGCUAAUUCGGUUUCUUAUCUCUACGUUAGUUACGGUCUAAUGGUUGGAAUCGGCGCUGGUUUAUCCUUUCCACCAACGAUUUACAUCGUCACAGCAUAUUUCCAGAGACUACGUGGUUUUGCCAACGGUCUCUGCAUUUCCGGGAGUGCGAUCGGGACUAUAGUGUUACCACCGCUUCUUCAGUAUCUUCUUGACUGUUUUGGAUAUAGAGGUGCGGUGCUUAUUAUGGGUGCUUUAACAUUGAACACGCUCGUUUGUGCGUUACUCUAUCAUCCCGUCGAACAACAUAUGAUAGCCGUUCCCAUAGAGGAAGGAAUCGAUAACGAAGCUCUAAGCCUGGACGAACCGAUCGACGAGAAACGUCAAUCGAUCGAUCCGGCGAAAUUGAAUUCGAUUGUUCAGGACGAGAAGAACGAGAAAAUUGAAAGUACGACGAAGCAGGUGCAAAAUUUAACGGAACUAUUGAAUUAUUCGAAACUUACUACGUCCAAAGAAGAAGGAUUUGAGAAAUUGACAAAGUCGAACGAAGAGGAGGAGCAAGAUCAAUGGAUCGUUAAGGAUCAAAUCAUGCAUAUUGACAGCGAAGACGACAACGAAAAAAGGGAUCUUCGAGAUAAAUCCGACGAAGAAAACGUUAAAGAGACUUCGAGUACGAGCGAUAGAAAUCUAGUUGAUAAAAAACAAUUCGUCACUAAUGAACCGUUCAAUUCCUGUCAAAUCAGCACAAUGUCGGAUAACGGAUCGAACGUACUAGGAAUAUCGAUAAAGAUGCAUCUCCAAGAGGACAACGAAUCCGUGAAAGUGGACAAGCCCGUGCCAGUAGAAAUCUCAACGUCAAAGUCAUCGAAGUCGGAGACUUCAUCGACUAAGGGAGAAAGCUCGAAAAAAGUCCAUCUAUCUUUUGAUUUCAGCAUGCUGAAGGAUCCGAUCUACCUGGUCAUUUUGAUUUCAAACUCGACGUCAGCGAUCAGCAAUACAAACUUUAUGAUUCAUUUGCCAUCCUACGCAAACUCUCAAGGCUUCGAUCAAAAUUCAUCGGCUCUUUUGUUAUCCAUUGUUUCAGCUCUUGAUCUUAUCGGUAGAAUCAGUGGUGCUUCUUUAUCCGAUAUAGACUUUGUACCGAAGUAUUAUUACUUCGUCGGUGGCCUUGGCACCAGUGGGAUAGCUCUGGCGCUACUACCGAUGGCCGACAGUUACGGGAUGCUUUCCUUCUUCUGUGCACUAUUUGGUCUUUCUUCCGGCAUGUACAUCGGCAUCACGACCGUUAUCCUAGCUGACAUGCUUGGUACCGAGAAACUCAGUUCCUCUUAUGGAAUCUCGCUUUUUGUUAACGGUGUCCUCCAACUCGUCGGACCACCGGUUUGCGGUGUUAUCUUCGAACACGUCGGAUCUUAUAAACCUAUUUUCUUGGCAUUCGGUAUAAUACUUAUACUGGGUACCGCUCUUUGGGCCAUCGUGCCUCUAAUCAAAAGGAACAGUAAAAAGAAGAUCGAAGAGGUAUAACGAUAUAGAAGUGUAAUUACGAACUAGCCCUCACGAAUGAGAAAUUUCUUUACUCGUUCGUGUAAUUUUUGUGAUGACAUCAUUCCAAGGAAAGUAUACAAAAUAUUCGUAGAUAAAAAUGCAGGGACUACGUAAGCGUAAUAUUACAAUACUUAUAGAUAACUCAUGAGUUUCUGAAGUAUUUCACUCUCGAUUGUAAGAGAAGUGAGAAUGCUUGUGACCAGUAUUUAGCGAUUAGGAUCACAUCACGAAUCGUUUUUCGUUAAUAAUACGAUCGAUUUCUUUUUUAACAAUCGUUGGAGUCAUUGAUCAUUAAGUGGUAGAUUGCCGUCUAAAGUGACAAAAACACUUUUGUAAGACCAAUGUUAGUGUAUAUGUUUUUCCAAAUACAAGAUUUUAUCAGGCGGAUCGUCGAUGAAUUAUCGUUUGUCGUUCAUAAUAUUAUUAUGAGAUUUUAUCAUUGAAAAUGCGUCGCGCCGAUUUCUUGUUCUGUAUUCUGGCAUUAGUAGUAUCUAUAUUCGUAGUAUCUCUACUCUAAUUGAUUAGUCAUGUUAUUUUCUUGUGUUUUUUUCUAUUUUUUUUUUUUUUUUAACAGACACUACUCGAAUGUUUCAUUAUUAGAAAUGAAUUUCUUAGCUGUAACAUAGGUGGCAUGAAUUUUCAUAGCUCACGAAGAUAAAUGUCGAUCAUUGGAUCGAGAUCGAGAAUUUUAAUUAAAUCAAGCUGAUAAGACGUUACUUUAAAUGAAUAUUUGAUAAAAGGCCGUUAAAAGAAAAAAAAAAGAGUAUUAAAUCUCCAGUUAAAAAUACUCAAAGUUUAAACAAACCUAGUUCGCGUUCGACGAUUUUUGCAUUAGCGAUUCACACCGAUGCUCCGGGUUCUCUGGGUAUUCGUACAUAUCUAGUCACGCCUGUGCGAAUGUACAAAAUGCACGCGCGAGCCACUAAAAAUAUUUUUCAUAUUAUUGCGAAAGGAGGAAAAUAAGAAGAAGAAAAAAACAUCGUGAUGCGUGAAAACGCGUGGGAGAAGCGUUUGUUUAAAGAAGGUAUAACGUUCGUGGGCUCGACUCUGUGAGUGCUGAAGCUACAAGGGGCGUGUUGUCAUAAAUAGUUCUUCGCACUUGGAUUGCUCGGUUAUCCAAUAAAAGAGCAUCCAAGGAGAUAUUGUAUGUUUAGAAUAGCGGUAUGUGACAAAAGACGAAAGAAAGAGAGAGAGAGAGAGAGAGAGAGAGAGAGAGAGAGAGAGAUUCUGCGUUCGAAUAAUCUAGUAAUUCAUUAAUUAUUCCUUUCUUCACGAAGCGCUUAUCUAUCUUGCUUUAAUUAUUAUUAGACACGCGGUUGCCAUCUCAAUUAUUAGAAAUAGAAUAAUUUUUCUUUUGUAAUAAAAGAAAGGAAGUGUGUCGAGCUUUAAGAGAAAGAAAGAAAAAGUGAGAAAGUAAGAGAGAAAGUAAGAGAGAAAGAGAGAAAGAGAGAGAGAG